AUGUCUCUGAGUUUGAAAAACCAGGCAUUUGGCAUCAUGCCUGAUAAUUUAAACUUCCUAAAGGAACAGUUCGAGUCAGUGAGCUUCAGACUCUCAGAUGCAGGGCUCGAUCAAGCGCUGCUCUUCCCAUCAUUACCUAUCACAUCAGCUUCUGCAAGGACUAAUAGGAGCAGCAAGAGGGAAUUAGCAAUAUAUUGUGAGGACAUGGAGGCCGCAUGCAGGAGUUUUGAGAACUAUUUGGUGAAGAUGAUUGUGGAGGAAGGGAAAGUGAGGGAUUUAGCAGAUGUGGAGGAGCUGCUCUAUUGCUGUAAGAAUUUGAAGUGCCCAGUUUUCAUUGAUUUGGUUUGUAGAUUCUAUGGAGAGCUAUGCAAAGAUUUGUUUUCUACUGGGGAAGAUGAUGAUGACAAUUAUAGCACUCCUCGGUGA